UAUUGUGAAAACCUGGCAACCCUGACCGUUCGCCGUCGUGCCGCGUCGCGUGAGGACCGAAGAUGGCGGCUAGCAGCGCGGCGUCGGUGUGUCAGUACUGGAAGCGCUUUAAUCUGCAGCAGCUGCAGAGAGAGCUGGACAGAGCCGCCACACUCCUGGCCGUUUUACUUGCAUUUAAUAUAUGGAAAAAACUCAUCGACCAGAGCCGCGACUUUAAGAAGAACACGCCAGAGGAUCUGAGGAAGCUUGUGGCUCCGCUGCUGAAGAGUUUCCAGGCUGAGAUUGAUGCAUUGAGUAAGAGGAGUAAAGAGUCAGAGACGGCCUUUCUAAACGUCUAUAAACGACUGAUUGAUGUGCCUGAUCCGGUGCCAGCAUUGGAGCUGUCGCAGCAGCUGCAUCUGAAGCUCCAGAGGAUGCACGACAUAGACACGGAGAACCAGAAGCUGCGUGAGACGCUCGAGGAGUACAACAAAGAGUUUGCUGAGGUCAAGAACCAGGAGGUGACCAUUAAAACACUGAAGGAGAAGAUCAGAGAGUAUGAGCAGAGCAUGAGGAACCAGGCAGAGAAUCUGGCCCUGGAGAAACACCAACAGAUUCAUAAAAACUAUGAGGAGAAAGAGAGGAAGUUCCAGGAGUCGCAUGAGUCUAUGGUUGGUAAACUACAGGAAGCUGAACUCAAAGCCCAGACCCUGCAGACAGCACUUGAACGAACUCAGACAGAGCUUUUUGACCUGAAAACCAAAUAUGAUGAAGAGUCGACUGCAAAAGCUGAUGAGAUUGACAUGGUGAUGACUGAUCUGGAGCGAGCCAAUCAGAGAGCAGAAGCUGUUGAGAGGGAGGUUGAAGCUCUGAGAGAGCAGAUCACAUCAGCUAACAAAUCAUCCCCACUGCAGACACGGAUCGACUCGACUCCAUACACGGAUGAGAGUGCCGAGCUGGUGUCGCGCUCGAGUCUGGAGUCGGAGCUCAGUGCGAAGGAGCACGAGAUGCUCCAGCUGGUGGAGGACGUCCAGAGACUGCAGGCCAGCCUCUCCACGCUCCGAGAGAGCUCAGCCGCACAGAUCAGCCAGCUACAGCAGCAGCUCAAGAGCCAGACCGCCACGCUCCAGCAACUGGAGGAGAAGCUGCAGACACAGACAGACUAUGAGGAGGUGAAGAAAGAGCUCAGCAUCCUGAAGUCGAUGGAGUUUGGGCCGUGUGACAGCUCCACAGCGCAGGACUCAUGUAAACCGUUAGAGGUGUUGCUGCUGGAGAAGAACCGCAGCCUGCAGUCUGAGAGCGCGUCUCUGCGCAUCGCUAACACUGAGCUCAGCAGCCGUUAUGCAUCUCUACAGCUGGAGUUCUCUGCAGCAGUGAAGACCAGCGCUGAACAGAAAGAGCUCAUCCUCAAACUGGAGCAGGAUCUCAGCAUCAUCCAGACGAUGUCACGGCCCGACGCUGAGGGUGCAGACAGCAGCGUGGUGAGCAUCCCCGAGCCAAUUAAAGAGGCUACCUCUCUGUUCUCAGGUAAACUAAAGCACGUUCAUAUCAGCGCUGUUACUUCUGGAGACAGUGAUGAUACAGUGAUGCGUUACUCGUCUCAGUAUGAGGAGAGACUCGAUCCCUUCGCCUCCUUCAGCAAAAAGGAGCGUCACCGGAGAUAUCAGAGCCUCAGCCCGUGGGACAAGGCCACGCUCAGUCUGGGUCGUGUGAUCCUCUCCAAUAAGACAGCCAGAACUGUGGCGUUCUUCUACACGCUGAUGCUGCACUGCCUCGUCUUCCUGGUGCUGUAUAAAGCCGCCUGGAGUGAGAGUAUCAGUCGGGACUGUGCUGCAUUUUGUGCAAAGAAAUACUCAGACCACCUGCACCGUUUCCAUGAGACUGGAGAUGUGUGGCAGUAGCGGCGUCUAUCCACUAGAGAGAGCUGUUCACAUCAAUCACAUGUUCAUGACAUGAAAAUCAUAGCUUGUCUUACUAGGACCAGGUUAGUUGGGGAAUAUACUGGGUUGAAUAUUAAACUGACAGGAGGUUUAAAGGUUUGAUGCUGUUAAUUUACAAGAUGAGAUGUUCUGCAAGCCAUGUGUUGAGCAUUUUCUCUCGGUUAUCAUCGAUUUGACUUGAAAUCAGUCAUCUCUGACAUCUGUAACACCUGCCCAGGGCUGAUCUGUUGCUCUUGCAUACAUUGAUUAUAAUGCUUUACAAAAAAAUCGGUGGUUUUGGUUUAUUUAACUUUGUGCCAGUCUGCCAGAUACUUAGACGCAAAGCAUCUGACACAAUAUUUACAUCCCUUUAUUUUGUAUAUUCAGCUAUUGGGACUUAAGGUGUAGUCUCUUGAAAUUAAAGUUAAGCUUUCAAGGGAA